AUGAGACAAAACGGUCUAAAUGAUAGCAGAGCAACAGAAAGAGCAGAAGUGUUAAAAAAACAUGAAUACACCAUAACAGAAGAACUUGGACAAGGGAUUUCAGGAAGAGCAUUUCUGGUGAAGAGUCCAGACGAAGAUUUCCUGGUGGUCAAAGAGAUCAACUACAGAGAUAAUGUGAAUUUUAAUCUAGACGCAGCCACAAAUGAAAUCAACAUCCUGAAGAAUCUGCAGCAUGGAUAUAUCGUCAGUUACGAGGAAUCCUUUGAAGAAUCUGGGUACUUUUACAUUGUGUCGGAGUACUGUGCAGGAGGAGAUCUCAAAAUGAAAAUGCAAACACAAGAAGGAAGUUUUGAAGAAGAACAGAUCCUUGACUGGUUUGUUCAGAUUUGUCUGGCUCUGCAGUAUCUCCAUAAGAACAAUGUUCUCCACAGUGAUGUAAAACCACAGAAUGUUUUUCUUACUGAGGAUGGUUACAUCAAUCUAGGAGAUUUUGGGUGUGCAAAAGUGCUGCAAAGCCCAGAAAUCUAUGAAAACAGACACAAUUCAAAAAGUGACAUAUGGUCAUUGGGAUGGUUGCUUCAUGAUCUCUGCAUGCUGGAUGUGUGGUCAAACUUCAUAGAGCGCCGCCGUCUACAUGCCAAUAGCUUGGCAGGAACCGUACCUGAAAUCUCAGAUAGCUACUCGAAUGAUCUAAGGGGAUUAAUCUGUGAAAUGCUCAGCCGUGACCCUCAUAUGAGACCUUCAGCUGAUGAGAUUCUGGCAAAACCAUUCCUGAAUGUUGCAGUAAAUAUAAAUAGGAGGAUUCCAGAUGCACUGCAACGAAACUUCUUGACUUCCAUCAAUAACUUUAAUGAGGCCUACAGGAGGCACUAUAACGACUUUGAGACUGUAGUUAGUGAGUUGAAGACAAUAACAGAUUCACUAGAGGAGAUACACCGUAAAUGCACUGUAGGCAGUCUGACCGGUUCAGUGAUCGGAGCCGCUGGAGGAAUCACUGCAUUGGUUGGGGCAAUUCUAGCACCGUUCACAUUUGGAGCGUCUCUGAUUGUAGCAGGUGUUGGGAUUGGUGUUGGAGUUGCAGGUGGUCUAACAGGUGCUGCAUCCAACAUUACCAAUUCAGUGAAACAAAAAGCACUCCGUGAGAGGUUUGAAAGAAUUCAGCAAGACUACAAAAAUGCAAGUGAACCGAUUCUUAUGUCACUCAAAACACUGAGAAAGGUAAUGAGAAAACUUACAAGGUUCCGUGAUUUUGUCCGCAGCUCAACUCUUGAUAAUGUGCAAAUGUCAUGGAGAAUAGGCAGAACCACAGUAGCAGGUGUCACAGAGUUCGUGACUCUUGGAAUGUUGGCAAGUUUCGGCAGAAUUGCUGUUCAGUCUGCCGGUGUCGGGCGAGCAGUAGCAGCAGCUUCAGGAGUGUUGAGUGGAAUCUUAGUCAUAGCUGACAUCGCCUUCAUCGUGAAAGAUUCCAGGGAGAUUCACCGGAUGAGACAGGGAAGAGUAGAUGAUCCAGAAAAGGUAGAAUCCCCUGCACUCAAAGCCAUCGCGCAGAUGAGGAAAACACAUACAGAGCUUUGCGAGGCCUUGAGAGUAAUUCAAGAAACAAAAAAUGAAUUGCCAAUGGUGGCAGAAAUAUAG